GACCACAGCCCCGGGCCAGGCCGAUGCCAGGGGGCGGCUCCAAGCAGUGCCCCCAGCCAGCCACACCCCGUCUGGCAACUGGUGCAAACUCUUUGAUGCCUGGUGGCCCUGAGCAGCACUGGGAGAGGAGAGGAAGGGGGUCCCAGACAAGGCGCUGCGCCCAGGCGGCUCCGGGGUCCAGAGCUGAGCGCCCCGGGGUGACACUUACCCAGGCCCAGCACAGGGAUGCUGAGGCCGUUGGCGAGAGGCAGCGCGGGCCCACCCAGCGCACGGGAGGCCAUAAGGCGCCGCGCCCACCCACGCAGCCGCGGCACCAUCCGCCGCCUCGGCCCAGGUUGCCUCGGCCCGGCCCCCUCGGCAGCGGAGCCAGUUCUCGGCCCGGCCCGGCCCGGCCCCCGCCCCCGGCUCCUGUCGCAAAACGUCGCAAAGUGGCAGGUUCGCACCGGCCCGGCGGGACCACGGAAGAGUUUUAUGGAAGGGAAUUGAUUCUGGCAGACCGAGAAACAGUGGAGCAAGAGGCUGAUAACAUUUUAAAAGAUGCUGAUCUAUUUGAUGUUGCUUUUCUUGUAGUUGGUGAUCCAUUUGGGGCCACAACACACAGCGAUCUAGUUCUACGUGCAGUAAAGCUGGGGAUUCCAUACAGGGUUAUUCAUAAUGCUUCCAUAAUGAAUGCAGUGGGCUGCUGUGGAUUACAGUUGUACAAUUUUGGAGAAACAGUGUCUGUAGUUUUCUGGACAGAUACAUGGAAACCAGAAAGCUUUUUUGACAAAAUCGGAAAGAACUGGCAGAAUGGAAUGCACACACUAUGCUUACUUGACAUUAAAGUAAAGGAGCAAAAUCUGGAGAAUCUGAUGAAGGGAAAAAAGAUUUAUGAACCUCCACGAUACAUGAGUGUGAACCAAGCUGCAGAACAGCUUCUAGCUAUUGUUCAAAAACGGAGGCUCCAAGGAGAAGAACCAGAAAUUACCGAAGAUACCAUCUGUGUUGGCCUAGCAAGGGUGGGUGCUACAGAUCAGAAAAUUGCUUCGGGCACAUUACAAGAGCUGUCCACAGUGGAACUAGGCGGCCCACUACAUUCCAUGAUCAUAACAGGAGCUAUGCAUCCAUUGGAGAUAGAAAUGCUUAAACUUUUUGCUGUGGAUAAAUUAAGUUUUGAAAAUAAAAUGUGUCAAAGGAAUACAUGAAUAAAGGUGCUUUUCCUAGCCCUCUG